AUGCGGAACUUGCGCAACAUCGGGCACGGCGUCUGCCGAAUCCCGAACUCAUCCUCGGCCCCAGCCACGGCACCUCCCGUCUCGGCUUUAUGCUGGGAUGUCGCCCGAGACGAGGUGAUUAUCGCAUGCGGGCCAGCUGCGGGAGACGCCCGUAUAGAGCUGCUUCGGGUUGCAAAACAUGUCCACAGCCCGUCUCCAUCACAAUUACAGUCCACAAGCAUCGCAAUAUGGGACGCUUCAAAUCCGAACCCAGAUGGGGAGGCGGACGCCAUCAGGGACAUUCACUACUUCAGCGACACGCUGACCACAUGUGUCAUCAUGGCCGGCGGCGACAUCGUCACCGUCACCGAGAACGAUGAGGCCACUGCUGUGCAGGGCGAGGCCCAUGUUGAGAUCGUAGGCACUUUGUCGCCGUCCAUCGCCGCUGCGCGCUGGUCUCCGGAUGAGGAGCUGCUGGUCAUCGCUACCGGAGACGCCAAGCUGCUGUUCAUGAGCCGCAGCUUCGACGUCAUUGCCGGAGUCGGGCUCUCUGCCGAGGAUCUGAAGCUCUCCAGGCACGUCUCCGUCGGCUGGGGAAAGAAGGAGACACAGUUUCAAGGGAGGGGCGCCAGAGCCAAGGCCCUCCGAGAUCCCACCAUCCCGGAGAAGGUCGACGAGGGCACACCGAGCUCCCACGAUGACGGUCGCUGCACCGUCAGCUGGAGGGGAGACGGCGCCUUUGUUGCGGUCAACUUCCUCCAGGAAGGCGUGCGUCGCGUCAUCCGAGUCUAUAACCGCGAUGGUGAGCUGGACAGCGUCAGCGAACCUGUUGAUGGUCUGGAAGGCAGCCUUAGUUGGCGGCCCGAAGGCAACCUGAUUGCUGGUGUUCAACGCCUCCCUGACCGCGUGGAUGUGGCCUUCUUUGAGAGGAAUGGUUUGCGCCACGGACAGUUCACUCUUCGCACCCCUGUCGGUGAGCCCGAUGUUGAAGACAUUGCGCUGGAGUGGAACUCGGAUUCAACCGUCCUUGCCGUCAUCCUGAAAGACCGAAUCCAGUUGUGGACCAUGGGCAAUUACCAUUGGUACUUGAAGCAGGAGAUUCUAUGCGCACAGCUGGAUGAUCCCACGCCCCAAUACCAGAGGCCGCUCUUCUCAUGGCACGCGGAGAAAUCGCUGCUUCUUGCUGCGGCCACUCGUGCCAAGGUGCUCGUGAACGAAUAUGCCCUCACCGUUUCAAGAGGGCCAACCAGGGCUCCACACGAUUACGGCGUUGUAGCCGUCAUCGACGGGCAAGUCAUCAAGUACACGCCCUUCCGGACCUGUAAUGUACCGCCCCCUAUGGCCAUGUGCGAGCUCGAAGUCGAGUCUCCUGUCAUCGACGUAGUCUUCUCCACCGACUGCACCUCGAUGGCCGUUUUGCACCGAGUUGGUGUCAGUUUCUUCGCGCUUGAGGCCAAUAGUUCUCGCCUUCCCAGGCCACGGUUCGUGGCUCUGGCGGCACUUGGGAAAGCAGGGCCUCAAACCUACGAAGAGUCUCUGCUUCAGAUUGCCUUUUCAGGGCCAAGUGAGGUUCAAGUUUUGCAGAUGGCGGACGACCUCGAGUUGCUGCGGUAUGACUUUAGCUUGGAGACAUCGAAGUGGCUCAGGACGGAUACAAGCGUCGUUGCAACAAUUUUCUCGCCCGGCUCAGACGGUCUUGAAGGAGUGGUGGCCCAGCAUGUAUCUGGGAAGCUCAGUUCUAUUGCUAACGGGGAGUCCUCGCCCCUACCGGUGCACUUCCCCACGUUCCUACCCUGGACCAGCUGCGUCGUGCAUAACGACGAGUUCCUAGGGUUCGGCUUGUCGAGGAACGGACACCUGUAUGCAAACUCCCGACAGCUUACCAAGAAUUGCACAUCGUUCCUCGUUACCGAUAAUCACCUCAUCUUCACGACAAGCAACCAUUUGGUCAAGUUUGUUCAUCUGGCCCCUGAGCAAGACCUCGAUGUGCCGCCAGAUGAUCCGGAAAAAGACGAGCGGUGCCGGAGCAUCGAACGAGGCGGGCGGCUCGUCACCGCCAUCCCGUCCAAGAUGAGCCUGGUGCUGCAGAUGCCGCGGGGUAAUCUCGAGACAAUCUACCCUCGAGCGAUGGUCUUAGCUGGUAUCAGGAGGCUAGUCGAGCAAAAGGACUACGGCUCUGCCUUUGCAACUUGCCGCACCCAGCGCGUAGACAUGAACAUCCUAUUCGACCACCGUCCCGAGCAAUUCUUGGACAACGUCGGCUUAUUCCUUGAGCAAGUCAAAGACCCGGCCAAUAUUGACCUGUUUUUGUCGACGCUGAAGGAAGAGGAUGUGACCCAAACAAUGUACAGAGACACCAAGAUGACUGCCGGCCAACCGCCCUCCGACCCCAAACCUGCGGCUAAGCCGGGCAAAAUCAAUACCAUCUGUGACGCUGUCUUGCAGAAACUCCGUAUCCAGAAGAAGGGCAACCUCCAAAACAUCAUCACCGCUCAUGUCUGCAAGAACCCGCCGGCCCUAGACGAUGGCUUGCGGGUUGUUGCCGAGCUGAUGCAGGAGGACGAGGCGCUGGCAGAUCGCGCCGUCGAGCACAUCUGCUUCCUGGCUGAUGUGAACAAACUCUAUGACCAUGCCUUGGGGUUGUAUAACCUUGAUCUCACCCUUCUGGUAGCUCAGCAAUCCCAAUGCGACCCGCGGGAGUACCUACCGUUCGUCCAGGAACUCCACAAGAUGCCAAUGCUGAAGCGGCAGUUCACCAUUGACGACAAGCUCGAACAUUGGGAGAAGGCACUGGACCACCUGAAGGCACUGAACAACUUUGAAGACGUUAAGAACUACGUCGUCAAACAUAAGCUCUACCAGUACGCGCUGGGCCUCUACCGCCACGAGGAGCAGCAUCACCAGGCCAUCACCGACCUCUUCGCCGCGUACCUCAAAUCCACUUCCCAGUUCAAGGAGGCUGGCCUGGCCUACGAGUCCCUUGGCAACUACCCGGACGCGACGGACUGCUAUCUCAAAGCCGGCGCGACCUGCUGGCGCGAAUGCCUCUACGCCGCUCAGCAACAAUCCCCGCCGCUCAGCAACGCCAAACUCUCCGAAAUCGCCACCGCCCUCGCCGACGCCCUACGCGAAGCCAAAGACUACGCGGCUGCCGCAACAAUCCAUCUCGACUACCUCUCCUCGGUCGAGUCAUCCAUCCAGCACCUCUGCAAAGGUUACCUCUUCGCCGACGCCCUGCGCCUCGUGGCCCUGCACAACCGCCCGGACCUCCUUCCCACAGUCAUCGACGCGGGCCUUGCCGAGGUCUUCUCCAGCAGCACCGAGUUUCUCGCCGACUGCAAGGAGCAGCUCAAGGCCCAGGUCCCGCGCAUCGCCGAGCUGCGGCGCAAAGCCAUCGAGGACCCGCUCGCGUUUUACGAGGGGGAGAACCCCUUGGGCGCCCGCGCCGCUGCGGGAGGAGCCGAAAUCCCCGACGACGUGUCCAUCGCCGCUAGUUCCCGCAUCAGCACGUCCGCCAGCCUGUUCACCCGCUACACGGGCAAGGCGGGCAGCGUCGGGACCGUGGGGAGCAACGUCUCGCGCGCGACGAGCAAGAACCGCCGGAGGGAGGAGAAGAAGCGCGCGCGGGGCAGGAAGGGGACCGUCUACGAGGAGGAGUACCUCGUCAACUCGGUGCGGCGGCUCGUGGAGAGGGUGGAGGCGGCCAAGCCGGAGGUCGAGAGGCUUGUUUUUGGACUGGUCAGGCGCGGGAUGCAGGAGCGGGCGAGGGCGGUGGAGGAGUUGAUGGGGCAGGUUGUGGAGGGCUGCAGGAAGGCUGUUGACGAGGUGUGGCCUGCUGGGCAGAGAGAGGAGGAGGAGGCCACGCGGGAUCCGGAGGCCGAGGGGUAUAGGCCUGGUGGCGGUGACGGGGUGUUGUAUGACAGCUUGGAGGCUAUGAGGUCGAGGCAGACGCCGCCAGUUGUAGGGGGGUUUGAGAGGCUGUCGUUGCUUGGGAAGGGAAGGUCCGGCUAG